AUGACAUUGUGCAAAGUACUCUUAUAUGGUUUGAAACCAAGUGAUCUUAAUUAUAGUACUAAUAGUAAAGUAGCUGAAACACCGCUCGAACGUCAACAAGAAUAUUCAUUAUUAACAACAUCAUCAGUUCAUGAUAUGCCAAAUAAAUCAUCAUCGGAAACUGAUUAUCUUAAUUUACACAUUAAACCUAUAGCAAUACCAAUAAAUUCACAUUCUUCACUUAGUAGUGAUACUGCUCAUGAAUCAAGUCCAAUUCGUGUGACAAUGCGUGAAACAUCUCGAGGACGUCAUCAUAUUUGUGUUUCGCAAACUUUAUUACGUACACAUAAUAGUGAUACUUAA